UUUCCUUGCGUAGGGUUCAGGACCAGGCCAUGCCGGGGGUUUUCUCAGGUUCCCCUAAGGGAGACAGCGAGGGCCGGGGCGUGGCAGUCGGACCUUUCCCUUGCCGACGCGAAGGCGUGGGGAGUACAGAUCCUCCUAGACAGCCAGGCUGGUCCUCGGAAGGAGUUCGAGGCAGCCAAUCUCAUCCACUGGCGCUUUGCUUCGCCUUUUCUCAGUUUCUCUUGUCGGUAUGUGGUGUUGUCAAACCUUGACGUUCAUUCCUGGGACUCAGCGUCUGUGUCCGGCAGCUUAUUAGAAGUACCAUAGUGUGAAGAAUAAGGCAGGUUCGGUGCCGGGGCCUACACGUCGCACCCUCUACCUUGGCCAGCGGCCUCCUCCACUUGGAUGCAGGUGCCUGGAAGGGCUCAGUCCCGACGCCGGCAAGCGUGGGUCAGAUGCCUCUCUCUGCCUGUCAACUCCUGUCUAAUGCCUAAUGUACAGAUGCCAUGGCUAGUCCAGGGAAAGAUAACUAUAGAAUGAAAAGUUAUAAGAAUAAAGCCCUGAAUCCCCAAGAGAUGCGUAGACGAAGAGAAGAAGAAGGAAUACAACUUCGAAAACAAAAAAGAGAAGAACAGCUGUUCAAACGUAGAAAUGUCUCUUUGCCCAGAAAUGAUGAAUCCAUGCUAGAAAGUCCUAUCCAGGAUCCGGAUAUCAGUUCCACUGUACCCAUCCCAGAGGAAGAAGUUAUUACCACGGAUAUGGUUCAGAUGAUUUUUUCUAAUAAUGCUGAUCAGCAACUAACAGCAACACAGAAAUUUAGAAAGCUACUUUCGAAAGAACCUAACCCACCAAUUGAUCAAGUUAUACAGAAACCAGGAGUUGUACAGAGAUUUGUGAAAUUUCUUGAAAGAAAUGAAAAUUGUACUUUACAAUUUGAAGCUGCAUGGGCAUUGACUAAUAUAGCAUCUGGAACUUUUCUGCAUACCAAGGUUGUGAUUGAAACUGGGGCUGUUCCAAUUUUUAUCAAACUUCUUAAUUCAGAACAUGAAGAUGUUCAAGAACAGGCUGUUUGGGCACUUGGCAAUAUUGCUGGUGACAAUGCAGAAUGCAGAGAUUUUGUUUUGAAUUGUGAAAUCCUUCCUCCUCUUUUAGAGUUAUUAACAAAUUCAAACAGGCUUACAACAACCAGAAAUGCUGUAUGGGCCCUCUCAAAUUUAUGUAGAGGCAAAAACCCUCCUCCAAACUUUAGUAAGCCUAUGACCUUGCUUCCUACUUCAGUGAGAAAAUGGAAGCACUCAGAAGAGAACUUCCAUAGAUUACCAUCACCACAUUUGGCAUCCUGUCGUCAUUGCAGUGACCCAGAUGUAUUAGCAGAUGUGUGUUGGGCCCUUUCUUAUCUCUCCGAUGGACCCAAUGAUAAAAUUCAAGCAGUCAUUGAUUCUGGAGUGUGUCGAAGAUUGGUGGAACUUUUGAUGCACAAUGAUUAUAAAGUUGUAUCACCUGCAUUAAGAGCAGUUGGUAAUAUUGUGACUGGUGAUGAUAUUCAAACACAGGUCAUUUUGAAUUGCUCUGCAUUACCCUGUCUCUUACACUUAUUGAGUAGCCCAAAGGAGUCAAUCAGAAAAGAAGCCUGUUGGACUGUUUCUAACAUUACUGCUGGAAAUAGAGCUCAGAUUCAGUCUGUUAUAGAUGCAAAUAUUUUUCCUGUUUUGAUUGAAAUUCUUCAGAAAGCAGAGUUUCGUACCAGAAAAGAAGCAGCUUGGGCUGUAACUAAUGCAACAUCAGGAGGCACUCCAGAACAAAUAAGGUAUUUGGUAGCCUUAGGCUGCAUUAAACCACUUUGUGACCUAUUGACUGUUAUGGACUCUAAAAUAGUCCAAGUGGCUUUAAAUGGACUUGAAAAUAUUUUACGUCUUGGAGAACAAGAAUCUAAGCAGAAUGGGAUAGGCAUUAAUCCAUACUGUGCUCUCAUUGAGGAAGCAUAUGGUCUGGAUAAGAUUGAAUUUCUGCAAAGCCAUGAAAAUCAAGAAAUUUACCAAAAGGCUUUUGAUCUGAUUGAACAUUACUUUGGUGUGGAAGAUGACGACCCCAGUAUUGUACCUCAGGUGGAUGAAAACCAACAACAGUUUGUGUUUCAACAGCAGGAAGCACCAAUGGAAGGGUUUCAACUUUAACUUGGUGGGGGGAAAUUAAUGGGGAAAAACGGUAGUCUCCUCUUUGUUACAAUGUCAGUAGGAAUCUUUGAUGUGUUUUUAUGUAGAACAGAAAAAGAAAGAAGUUGAUGCACUUUUAAAAAGCAAAACAAAACAAAAGUUUCCAUUCAGAUACAAUUUUUCGGUUAGUUUUG